ACAUCAUCAAUCUUACCCAAUACAAUCGAAUAAUUAUCUUCGGAUACAAAUACAUCAACCCAUCACUCUUGAAAGCUACAACACAAAACGAUGAUAUCGCGCAGAGGGUCUAAAUCGCCACCAUUGAUAUUCAUUGCCCUAGUAGUGCACGCAGGAAUCGCCUUCUUGAUUCCGCAAACCGUGUUUUCUUGGCUCCCAGCACCGUUGUCAAGAAUGCCAGUUGGUGCAAAGAGUGCAUUCCAAUUUGGCAAUUCAAGAGAAACGCGAACGCUGUUGUCAUCUGCUGCUCCUGACGAAACAGAAGGAUUUUACGACGAUGACGACGACGACGACGACGACGACGACGACGACGACGAAACCACCGAGCGGGCCCCCGAAGACUACACAGGGAAAACAAUUUACCAGCGAACCUUUUAUCGUCUCUCUUCCGAUUCGCAAGUUCAACUCCCGAACGCUCUGAUGAUCGAAGAACGCCUACGAUUUUUGCCCGAUCCUGAAGAUCUGGAGUACAUGCUGCCUUUGGGUCCGAGAACCUUGAUACUGAGGGAAGGCACCGAAGGUAAGCUUGUGAACUAUUCUUUAUUUAUUGGAUGAAGAUGUUCCAAAAUCGGAAAGUCCUCUAUCCGUGCUUAUUGAAAAGCGGAUCGACAUGUUGAAUUGUUCUAUCGUUGGUCCUGAAUUGCGAGGAUUCGUCAUGCUUCUCACAUUAUCAUUCGUGUCACAUUCUCCCCGGAUCCAUCUUCUCCAAUCAUUUUUUCAUGUUUCAGAGGACGACAUCACAGAGGAACUCUUUCGUAUCGAUCUACCGGCUCCCACGAAGAGCGAAAGCAACCCCGAGCGAGCCCACAACGGCCCGGGCAGUUUGGAUUCCGAAAUAGCCAUGAUUCUCUAUUUGGCAUCCAAUCCCAAGUGGAUCCAGGGCGACGUGUUGGAAUUGUCGUGCGACGGAACGACCGGUGCAUCGGGUGUUGUCGGACUGUUGUCGUGCGUCGCCUCGAAACUGACGUCGAUGGGCCCCGACGAGCUCAAGGCUUUCAAACGGGAGCGAAAGGAAGUAGAAGACGAAGUGCUUUCGCUCCACAGCGGCCAAAAACGGCGGGAAAACUUCUCCUCGGUCUUUCCACAGGGAGUGCACCGCCUCACGCUGUCCGACGAAUCGCCGGAGUUUCUGCACGGUGCCCAAGAAAUGAUUCAGCGCCACUUUCGGAGCUCCGCAUCGCCCCCGGAUGUGUCAAUCGAGCAGGUGGAAUGGUCGCAACAAGGCCCCAGACGCCGGUACAAUCGAGAAUACCGGACGGUCGUGGGAUCGGAUCUCGACAUCCCGUUUCCAAACGCCAAGGAAUUGUCGAAGGCCGUCGCCAACAUGUUGCUUCCAUCAAACGUUCUUGCGGCCGCGAACAUGAAAGAAGAAAGACCUGGUGUAGAUCCAACCGUGCCACCCACCUUUGUUCAUCUCUGUCCAGACUAUCGAGACGAGUCACGGUACCUGAGACAAUUCCUGGAAAAGGGACACUUGAUGACCGUUCGGACCAAUUACGUUCGGAUGGAACGCUUGCAAUUCUAUUUCCAGGCCCUGCCCCAAGGAUCUCCAGAAAUCGAUCUGGAUCUCUUAGAUGGGUUGGAGGUACAACAAGACACCAGCAGAGAUUACCAAUCUAUGACAGCUAUUCACCAUCCGGAUUAUGCUGGCGAUGGGUUGGGAGAAUAUUUUUUCCCGCUCGAGACGGGCGCGUACGAAGGAGGAUUGAGUCCAUUGUAAGUUGGAGAAGAGGGUUAGAUCGCAUUCCAUCCAAUUCAAUUCGAUUCCUCUAUUUCAAUCCAGAGUUUGAACGCCUCAACAAUCUUAAGUGCACAUACUAGUGAAUACUUUCGACUAUGCAACAGG